GAAGCUUCUACACAACAGAACAGUUUUUGUGGUGAGUGUGUAAUUCUGGUUAUGAAUUGUAAUGCGAUUCAAGACAAUUUGUGCAACGAUGAUUUUACUAUGAGGCCGAGAUCUGCAAGUUCCUUCUGCAAGGCAAAGUCCUCAGUCAGUGUUGAAGCUACGCGCACACCAUGAGGUCAUUCAGCAAACUGUUCUGCUGGCAUCGCGGUCCUGGCUGCGACAACAAGGCAUCCGAGAUUGUCCGGCGUCGGGAUAUCGUCUUCAACAAGGGGGUCAUCGGCUAUCUGGCUGGCGGAAUUCUAUUCUUCCUGCUGGGUUGCCUGAGUUUCAUCUGGACGCCUCGAGAUCUCCUCCUGACCGAGAGAUUGAAGAUGAGGAAGGGGUUUCCGGCUUUCGAGUGGUGGGCCGAUCCCCCGCAGGAGGUGUUGGUCCGCAUGUACGUCUUCAACGUCACUAACUAUGACGAAUUCAUGAACGGAUCCCAGACAAAAAUUCACCUUCAAGAGGUCGGGCCCUACAUAUUCCGAGAGAAAAUAGAACACAAGGAUAUCAGACUGAACGAAAAUGGUACGUUGACGUAUACAACGAAGCGAAGGGCUGUGUUCGAACCAGAUCUGAACACACUAAGCCUCAACGCAUCUCUGAAUGUGCCCAACCUUGCUUUACUCGGGAUGACGUCUUACCUAUCAGGUGCAUCGUUCUUCGUGAAAUUUGCUUUUAACUUGGUGGUCAGAAAAAUGGAUAUGCAGCCAUUGGUUAAAAUAUCUGUAUACGAUUAUUUAUGGAACAAUUCAAAUUCCCUUCUGACGUUUGCGUCCAAGAUGGUGCCCAAUAUGAUACCAGUAGACAACUUGGGCGUGCUUCAUAUGAUUUACAGAACGUACGAGGAUGAGGUGACAGUGUUCAUUGGCCCAAACAACACAAAGCGUUUCUUCACAAUGGACAUGUACAACGGAAAGAAUCGGUUCGGAUACUGGUCCAACAUGACGUGUGAUUCAGUGAAGUUGGCCACGGAGGGAGUUCUGUACCAUCAGGAGGUCUCGAAGGAAGAUAAACUUCACUUCUUCCGAAAAAACUUGUGCCGAGUCACGCCUUUAUAUUUCGCUAAUGAGACCGUCAACUUGGGGAUGUCGACCUAUCGUUACGUGCUACCUCUGGAUACGUUCCACAGGCCUAAGGAUGGAAGUCACGAUUGCUACACGUUACCUGGAGACAAACCUCAUCCGGACGGUCUAUCCGAGAUUUCUCCCUGUUUCUACGAUUUUCCUAUGGUUGCUUCGUUACCUCAUUUUCUGGCUGUAGACCCUGCCGUCAGGAACCAAGUUGACGGAAUGCAACCUGAUGAAGAGAAACAUUCGGGCUAUGUCACCAUCGAACCGAACACGGGACUGCCAUUGGAGAGCAAAGCUGGUAUGCAGUGUAAUUUAGUGGUAAAGAAUGUCGAUGGAUACAGUCCAGUGAAAUCUUUUUCCAACACGUACAUCCCUAUAUUCUGGUUGCAACUGCACCAAGUAGGGAUACCACAGUACCUGGUAUCCAUGAUGUAUUUCGUCGUGGUAGUCUUACCUAACGUCCAGGGCGUCGUGAGUGCGUUGUUGGUGGUUCUGGGGACGUCUCUACUUGCAAUCGGCGUCUUCAGGUUUCAGCGUAAAGCGACGAAAGCUGUGUACAGCUACAUCUCACUAGACACUGUGCCGUCUUCCAUUUAGUUCUGCGCCUUGUGCUGUGAAACUGUGUAGCGAUUUGCCGCUGGUCCGCGGAUCAACAAGUUCUUUUGCUCAGAAUUAGCCCGAACUCCCGGCCCUUGGAAGAUUGAAGUUUCGAUCUGGGAGCGAACAAAUAUCAUGUAUCUUACCUACAAAUAGAUUCUGACACUAGAAACACGCCUGUAAGCCAUGUUUCGUGGAUAUUUUUCUAUGUAUUUGCAUCUGACAAUUCAGGGAACUUAUUUCAGUGUUGAAACAAUGAAUUUUUUUUUUCGCUCUGAGAGCGAGUGAUAUGGAAGACAAUUAUUGAGCCCCGGAAGGGGGAAAUUUUCUUUUCCUCGUGUGUAAAACAGCAAAAUCAAAUCUUCUGGAUGCUAUCACUUUCGGAGGUUUUACAGACAAGCCGUUAUUAUUCGUACUUAAAUCGACUAAAUUACUACACCGACAAAUUAAUCAGCUAGCCUUCUAUUUUUCGUGUGCCUGAAGAGUUUUCCUUAAUAAAAUCUUAAGUAUGGCCGCAUACUUACACAGUCGAGGUCCUUGUAUUUUAAUAAAUGUUUAAUAAUAUAUCUUUCAAUCGGGGUCCGAAUAAACAUUCUAAUUGUUAACGAUUUCUUGUUUAAAAUGUUUGAUAAGCGUAAUAACUGAAUUUCCGAAGCGAAUUUCGAAUUUCGGUAAACCGUUUUGCAACUGAAAGUGUUAUUAACGUCAAGAUUAAGUUUUUGAUAAAAAUUUGAUCUCGUCAAAAGAUAAAAAUAUAUUAGUGCGUCGAGUUAUUAAUGUAUUUGCUCCCCUCCCACCAGAGAAUACAGUUUGAGAUUGUACUCAUUACACAUUUAUUUCAAAAUCUUUUAAAUUCUUUAAAAUGUUAAUCAGAAUGUUUAUAUAAAACCUUUGUCGGAACUCUAAAAUAACACGACUUCUUUUGAACAUUACUGUUUUCUUAUAUUUUUGGAGCAGUGCUUUUAUCUUAGACGUGACAUAGAUAAUUAGCCAAUAAAGUAAUUGUCCUGAUACAAGGAAACGUGUCGCUAAGAUUCCAACACCCUGAACUCAAGCUGACGUCACGUGGUUUACGAUACUGAAUAUUACUGUCAUCUUAAACCCACAUGAAUGUUCGCGAGUCUGAAACGCGUGUGAAAUAAUUAUUAUCGGAAAUGGAUUUCACUUCAACAUUUAAUUCUCAAGUAAUUGAAGGUUAUCUGGUAUAACUGCCUUCACACUUAAUGCAAAUACAGCAAUUAAAGUUAAGAGGGGUUCUUGAUGAACUGGAGAGAUGUACAACCUUAACAAAUUGUCUUCAGACAUUUUGUGGUUUAUAAUGCCAAAUUAAUAUUGUUGCGGUUAGUAGGUACUUCUUCAACAAUGUUCUCUCACAGAUUUAACAAAUCCAAAGUCAGUGGAUGCUGGUAAAUCUCUUAGUAACUGGGCUGUACUCUCUGGUUUGCUCUUUAAUUUUAUUAAAUUAUUAAUCAUUGUAA